AUGUCGGACCUCAGAUUCAGCAAUCUCACCUGGGAUCACAUUGUAACACUGGAUCGUGUGUUAGAUGAAGUGAUCCCAAUUCAUGGAAGGGGCAAUUUCCCCACACUGGAGGUAAAACCAAAAGAUAUUGUUCAUGUUGUGAAAGAUCAACUCAUAAAGCAGGGUAUCAUCGUUAAGGAUACAAGAUUGAAUGGCUCAACAGCAAGUUACAUACUCGCAAGCCAUAAUGGAAUUAGCUAUAAAGAUUUGGACAUUAUUUUUGGUGUUGAUCUACCAAGUGACCAAGAAUUUCAUGUAGUUAAGGAUGCAGUUUUAGGCUGUCUACUUGACUUUUUACCAAAAGGUGUUAAAAAAGAAAAGAUUACCCUAAAAACCAUGAAAGAAGCAUAUGUGCAGAAAAUGGUAAAAAUUUGCAAUAACCAUGAUCGUUGGAGUCUUAUCUCCCUUUCAAAUAAUACUGGGAAGAACGUAGAAUUAAAAUUUGUGAAUUCACUCAGACGACAAUUUGAAUUUAGUGUAGAUUCUUUUCAGAUUCUUUUGGAUUCCAUGCUAGAUUUCUAUAGUGUACCAAAUGCCAAGUUAACCAAAGAAUCCUGUCCUGUUGUGGUGGCUGAAAGUAUGUAUGGGGAUUUUCAAGAAGCAAUGAUACAUUUGAAGUACAAGCUAAUCUCUACCAGGAAGCCUGAAGAAAUCAGAGGUGGUGGCCUUUUAAAAUACAGCAAUUUGUUGGUCCGUGACUUCAAGCCAGCUUGUCAAACAGAAAUUAAGACUCUGGAACGUUAUAUGUGUUCUAGAUUUUUCAUUGAUUUUCCCGAUGUGGCAGAACAGCAGAAGAAAAUUGAAUCAUACCUCCGUAACCAUUUCAUAGGUGAAGAAAAGAACAAGUAUGAAUACCUUAUGACCUUGCAUGGAGUUGUGAACCAAAGCACUGUUUGCCUUAUGGGAUAUGAAAGAAGACAGACCCUUAACAUGAUCACUCUUUUGGCUUUGAAAGUUCUUGGAGAACAGAAUAUUUUACCCAGUACGGAUAAUGUAACUUGCUUUUAUCAACCUGCUCCAUACCUAGUUCUUGAGGGAGGGUACCCCAGUUAUUAUGUAGCAUCUGGGCCACCGCUGGUUUAUUUCCAGCCUUGUCAUACAGUGCAGUUUCCUGUGCAAAAUGGUAUGAUGUAA